GUCUUAAAAAAAUCAUACUCCAAAACAAAUCGUACAAACCAACCAAAAGCCAAAACCCAAAGGGACUCUCUAGCUCCUCCCAUUAAAAAUCCUUUUCAAAAGUAGCAAAAAUACCUUAUUAUAUAAUCAACAAUAUUACAUAUAUGUGAUGGACUCCAUAUCAUCAUCAAUAUAUCAAUCCCUUUUUUAGUCCCACUGUCUAUGCCUCUUUUUUUUUUCCCUAUCUUUUCUUAUUAGAUUUUCUCCAUAUGAUUGAUAAUGAAGAACGACAACAUCAACAACAACAGCAAUAGCUUCUGUUUAGGAUUUCGAACAGCAUCAACUCAGCAGUUUAAUGUUCCAUUGAAACUAUUUGAUCUCUUUGCUUUCUUCUUGUUCUUUGUCAUCGGUUUGACAGCCGGCUUCUUCCUCUGCUUACAAUUCAGAAGCCUUACUUUCAACUUACAAGUCAACCACGGUCAACUCACUCUCACAACUUUGCAAUCAUCACCACCGCCGCCUCAUCCUCCUCCUCCACCACCGCCGCCGCGGGAAAAGCCAAACCCGCCGCCGCCACUGCCUCCGACUCCGGCGGAUAAAGGGUUGGAGGGAUUUAUAGAGCCGCCGGGAAUUCUGCAUGGGAUGAACGAUGAGGAGCUAUUAUGGAGAGCAUCAAUGGCUCCCAAAAUUCAGGAGUUUCCGUUCCAACGAAUCCCGAAAGUGGCAUUCAUGUUUCUGGUAAGAGGGCCGGUGCUUUUGGCGCCGUUUUGGGAGAAAUUCUUCAAAGGGCAUGAAGGGCUUUACUCCAUUUAUGUGCAUUCAAGUCCGUCGUUCAAUGGAUCGGAGCCGGAAGAUUCCGUCUUUCAUGGCCGGAGAAUUCCUAGCCAGGAGGUUGAAUGGGGAAAUGUCAACAUGAUUGAAGCCGAAAGAAGACUAUUAGCAAAUGCUCUGUUGGACAUGUCAAACCAACGUUUCGUCCUCCUAUCUGAAACAUGCAUUCCAUUGUUUAACUUCUCCACUGUCUACAAUUACCUCAUCAAUUCCACCCAAAGCUUUGUGGAGGCAUUUGACGAAGUAGGACCCGUCGGGCGUGGCCGGUACAACAGCCAAAUGCAGCCCUUGAUCAAGCUUCGGGACUGGAGAAAGGGUUCCCAAUGGUUCGAAUUGGACAGGGAACUCGCAACUGAGGUUGUUUCCGACAAGAAGUAUUUCCGCGCAUUCCAAGACCAUUGCAAAGGUUCUUGUUAUGCUGAUGAGCAUUACCUUCCAACAUUCUUGAACACCAAAUUCGAAAAGCGUAUCGCAAAGAGAGGGUUGACUCGGGUUGAUUGGUCGCGCGGGGGGCCUCACCCCAGGAGUUUUUACAGACAAGAUGUCCAUAUGGGAUUCUUGGAGGAAAUGCGGAGUGGGAAGAGUUGCAAAUACAAUGGGGAGGAAACCAACGUUUGUUACUUGUUUGCAAGGAAGUUCACACCUCAUGCAUUGGAGAGAUUGUUGCGGUUUGCACCAAAAGUCAUGCAAUUCAACAUAUAGUAAGAGGUUUAUACGGAUAUAGAUUAAUACUCAUUCUUUGAUUGUUCUUUCUGUUACUGUACAUUUAGGUAAGAUUUUGAAACUCUUUUCCCUCUAAUGAGAUGCAGAGCAAUUGUAUAAUAAUGUAACUGAUUUCAAUAUUUUCUGACCUAAUUUUCCAGAAGAUAUGUAAGAGGUCACUGAGUAUGAUAAAGCUCAAAUGAGGAUCUGACCAUAACACAGAAGGCGGUGAUAACAAGAAUAUGUUGGAACAACUAUUUUUGAGAAUCUUUGCAUGAUAAGAAUCUACGGAGCUAAAAGAAAACCCUUCUUCUUUACAGAACUCACUUGAGAGAUUAGCAAUUCAGUUUUAGUAAGUAGAAAAAGCAUGUGUCAUUGACAGGCUACUGCUCCUGCAUCUUCAGACACUGCAGGUGAGUCUGAAACAGAGUCAAGUGUGUCGUGGGAUGGCGACAUCUCCACGCCUCUAAGUUCUUCUAUCAUUUUCACUACAAAGUUCAUCUUCGGCCUUUGAUCUGGAGAAGCAGAAGAACACGCCAUUGCUAUCUGCAACAAACCAACCAUUUCUUCCUCGAUGCCCUUAUAUCGCAUUAACUCAAUGUCAAAUACCUCAGCUGUCCAUUCCUCCCUCACCACAGACUGCACCCACCUUGGUAAAUCUAAUAUGCCGGUGUAUCCUGUCCCUUGCCCUCCAUUAUCGGCAAUAGAGGGGCAUUUACCAGUAAGCAACUCGAGCAAAAGGACCCCAAAUGAGUAUACAUCACACUGCUGGGUGAGUUUUCGGCCAUCAACAGAAGCUUCAGGGGCCCGAUAUCCAUUGGAUUUUGGAGCUGAUGAAGGCAGUGCAAAGGCAGAUAGGCCGAAAUCUGUAAGCCGAGCAUUACCAGUCUUGUCAAUUAGGACAUUAGUAGACUUUAUGUUUCCAUGAACUAGUUUAAGGGGCUUGCAGGAGUUGUGAAUAUACAAUAAUCCUUUAGCUGCUCCAGAUGCAAUCCUCAACCUUGAAGUCCAAUCCAAUGGGGUUCUACCAGGACCUCGAUUUCCUGAAAAACAAAAGUCACUUAGCUAAUACACACUUUGAUGGUACAAGACCAUCAUAAAUUCCUGAAGGAAACAAAACAAGCAAACUCAAAGACCACACAGAUCACAACAUACAACUAGUGUGACAAGAGUAAACAGAGAACCAUGUCUUCAUAUUAGACAAAUGUGGCCCCAUGGAACCAAUGGGAGCGAUUUCAACAAGCUAACAACCGAAAGGCUGACCCCUUAAUCUUUUUUAACAAAGGUCAAACAAGAAAUGAUAGAUUAACAAAGGCUGUCAAGUCGAAUCCAAUGUGUGAAAAACAGAACAAGCAGGUCUUUUGACUAGAAAGAUUGAAAACAGAACAAGCAGGUCAAAAUAGGCCUCCAAGUAUAGAGCUUAGGAAGCUGACAACAACACAUACAGAUCACGAGUACCCUAUGAUACUUCUUAAAGCAAGAAAUUCAUUAAAUGCAAUUUACUUCUAGUUCUGAUAAAUGCUCAAAUUUGACAGGACAUUUGGCUACACGUAUUUUGCCUUCAAAGCCAUACACAUUAAGUAUAUGUAGCCGGCCCAUGUAACAGGCCCGUUUAAAACAGUUUGC